GCGGGCGGGGGCGCCCCGUGGGCGUGGCCGGCGGGCGCCCCGCCCUCCCCGUCGCAAGGCGGGGGGGGCGAAUGGCAGCGGCGCUGCGCAGAGGGUGCCGCUUGUUCCCGCCGCUUGGCCUGGGCUCCCCCGGCGGCGCCAUGCAGCAGCCCCCGGCCCUGGCGGUCCGGCCGCGCAGCCCCGCGCGCGGCGCCGCGGCGGCGGCGUGCGGCGGCGGCGGCUGGCUGGGGGCGCUGCGCUUCGACAACCUGGCGCUGCGCUCGCUGCCCGUGGACGCCUCCGAGGACAGCGCGCCGCGGCCGGUGCCCGGCGCCUGCUUCUGCCGCGUGCGGCCCAGCCCGGUGCAGAACCCGCAGCUGGUGGCCAUGUCGCUGCCGGCCUUGGCGCUGCUGGGGCUGGGGGCGGCCCCUUCCGCGGCCGAGCGGGAGGUGCGGGAGGCCGAGGCGGCGCAGUACUUCAGCGGGAACCGGCUGCUGCCGGGCUCGGAGCCGGCGGCGCACUGCUACUGCGGCCACCAGUUCGGCAGCUUCGCGGGGCAGCUGGGCGACGGCGCCGCCAUGUACCUGGGCGAGGUGCUGGGCCCGCGGGGCGAGCGCUGGGAGAUCCAGCUGAAGGGCGCCGGGCUCACCCCCUUCUCCCGACAAGCUGAUGGUCGUAAAGUGCUGCGGUCGAGUAUACGAGAAUUCCUGUGUAGCGAGGCUAUGUUUCACCUAGGAAUACCAACAACAAGAGCUGGAACAUGUGUGACAUCUGACUCAAAAGUUGUUCGUGACAUAUUUUAUGAUGGAAAUCCAAAAAAUGAAAGGUGUACAGUUGUCCUGAGAAUAGCUUCAACAUUUAUAAGGUUUGGAUCUUUUGAAAUUUUUAAACCUACUGAUGAGCAUACAGGGCGCAAAGGUCCUAGUGUUAACCGAAAUGAUAUUCGAAUACAAAUGCUUGAUUAUGUGAUCGGCACUUUCUAUCCAGAAAUCCAGGAGGCUUAUUCUGACAACAGUAUUCAGAGGAAUGCUGCUUUCUUUAAAGAGAUAACAAAACGGACAGCAAGAUUGGUUGCUGAGUGGCAGUGUGUUGGGUUUUGCCAUGGCGUGCUGAAUACAGAUAAUAUGAGUAUAGUUGGACUAACUAUUGACUAUGGCCCUUUUGGAUUUAUGGACAGAUAUGACCCUGAACACAUUUGCAAUGGUUCUGAUAAUACAGGGCGCUAUGCUUAUAACAAGCAGCCAGAAAUUUGCAAGUGGAAUCUAGGGAAGCUUGCUGAAGCUUUAGUUCCAGAGCUGCCUCUGGAAAUAAGUGAACUCAUCCUGGAAGAGGACUAUGAUGCAGAAUUUGAGAAACAUUAUUUGCAGAAGAUGAGGAAGAAGCUAGGCCUAAUUCAGCUGGAAAUAGAGGAAGAUGAUAAGCUGGUGUCUGACCUUCUUGAAACUAUGCAUCUCACAGGUGGGGACUUCACAAAUAUUUUCUACUUGCUGAGUUCAUUCUUAGUAGAUUUUGAUCCUUCAAGAUUGGAAGAUUUCUUAGAGAAGCUAGCAAGUCAGUGUGCUUCCUUGGAAGAACUGAAAGUUGCUUUCAGACCUCAGAUGGAUCCAAGACAACUGUCAAUGAUGCUAAUGUUGGCUCAGUCUAAUCCUCAGUUGUUCGCAUUAAUUGGAACAAAAGCUAAUAUAAAUAAAGAAUUAGAGCGCAUUGAACAAUUCUCUAAACUGCAGCAGUUAACAGCAGCUGAUUUACUCAGUAGAAAUCAAAGACAUUGGAAAGAAUGGCUGGAGAAAUACAGAAUCCGUUUACAGAAAGAAAUAGAAAAUGUUAGCAAUGCUGAUGUCUGGAAUACUGAUCGUGUGAAGGUUAUGAAUGCAAAUAAUCCAAAAUACAUCUUGAGAAAUUAUAUUGCCCAGAAUGCAAUAGAAGCAGCUGAAAAUGGGGAUUUCUCAGAGGUAAGAAAUGUACUGAAACUUCUAGAGAAUCCAUUCCAAGAAACAGAAAGUUUCGGAGAGGUAAAGGAAGAAGCAGAAGCAGAAGAGGAGGGAACAACUGCUGCAGCAGCUGCUUGUGCUCAAGUGACCAGAAGUGGACUACCAUAUUGCAGUAAACCUCCCCUGUGGGCUUCAGAGCUCUGUGUUACAUGAUCUUCAUAACUGCCUUGUUUUAUUUUUUGCUGUAAACUGAAGAUUCUAAGCCUUCUUCAGCAGUGAAAAAUUCAGCAAGGCAAACAUGAAAGUGCUAUGAAGUUACUGAAAACAACCCCACAUUUGGAUGUACGUGCAACAAUCUUCAGCUGUGCUUAAUUUGAAGCAAUUGUGGAUCAUGAGUUUAACCAAACCAAUGACAGUUGACAGCCAAUAGACAUCAUUGAUUUAAAUGUUUAGAGACUGAAAAACUUCCCUGUAUUCAUACUGCACUGCAAGUAGAAAGCAAUAUUUUAUGUUGAAGCACACAGAACUUUGAGUAUCCAAAUGUAGUUGUUCUUAUGUGAAGACAAAAAUAGCAAGUCAGGAAUCUGAUCUGUUUUUGUCCGAUGUCUUAACUAAUAGUACUUCUACCAUUUAUUUACUGCUUUUUCUAUGCAGGGAUUUCUCAUCCUCUUUAAUGGAGGAAUAGGUUCAGUGUUGCUUGUUUGAAGCUAUGUUUCAUUUAAAUAUGUAGUUCAUUUCUUGUGAACCUUCAGAAUGAUAUCUAAUCAUUAUCUAUUUUUAGAGAAUUUGUGCAGCCUGGGGUUUGGGGUGGGGGGGCAAUCAAAUCCUUUUCUUUGUAAUACACAAAAAGAGCAGAAUUAAGGGAGAGUAUAUACUUGCACUUGAAAAUCAUGGUGGUGAAGUUUAUUCAGGUUCAGUAUAUUUGCAUAUAAUAUACACAUGUAUAAAUACUUACUAAAAAUCAUGGCUGCAGUUUAUGAGCUAGUUGAUUCAAUCAAGGUCAGUUAGCCAAAUUAGCUUAAACACUAUAAACUACCCAGUACUCAAAUACGGGUUCAUUGGCUCUUUUACCUGUAUAUUCUUAACAUAGUAUGUUAAGCAUGCAGGUGCGGUACCUGAUUGUUCAUGCUGGUCAGUGGAAUUCUUCCAUUCCCACUUUGGUCUUGUACCACUUAGUUUACUUCCAUGGUCUUCAAAAAUUUGUACACCGAAUGUUGCCAUUCAGGAACAGUGUAUUUGAGCUUGUGUAAAGGAUUUUCUACUUGUUAAUUUUAUGCUGUUUUGUUUGGGGACUGUUCAAAUACUUGAAGUAGUUAGGGAGGGCUGAAAACUGUUAAUAUCCACCUACUUGUAAUACUAGAAGGUUCCCUCUUGCUAAAACUAUCUAACAGGCCAUCUGAAGUAGGUAUGAAUACAGAAGAUGAACAGAGAAAGUGUUUUGCUUAAAAAUUGAUUAGCAUGAGUAUUACAGGGAGAAUGAAGCAAUGCAAGUUGAAUAAAUUGAAUAAGUUGAAAAAAAAAGUUUGAGAAAGGCUGCUUGUUUUAAAGUUGAUAGAAUAAGACAAACCUUUAGUAAUAACUUUGUGCUUGAAGCUUUCUCUUGUUUCUAGUCAGCUCAGACGGUUGCAGAGGUCUCUUAAGAAUAUGGAAUUCUCUUUUUUAGGCACAGUAGUAGGUAACUUGCUCAGAAAUUACCCAUUGCUAGUAUUCUGUUUCUGCUUUAUUUUCUUGUGUCUAACUUAACCAGUAAAAUUGAUCUUCCAUACCUGAUUAAGGGUAUUACCGCUAUAGUCUCUUAAGCAUUUCUCACUUGCCUAUUUUUGAUGAUGCUAUAUACAUAUCUUGCCUGUGAAAAUAAUGGGAAACCAUUGGAUUGACAGCAAAUGUAAAACUCUUCUUGGCUGAGUUUUUUCUUUUAAAAAGAAGGUAGAAUAGCACUGUACUUUUAUAACACGAGUAGUUCUACUCGAGUUGUUAAUCUCUGAUCAUCCUGAGGGAAGUUGGUUGCUAUUAUUGCUAUCUCAGUUAAACGGGGAAAAAUCAUUCCUUUCUGUUCCGUAGUUAAAGUUAGUACUUAGCUUUCUGAACUACUUUGUAGAGGGAACUGUUACUGGUGCGGACAUCUGAAAACUUCAAAAACGUGUGGUUUCAUGCAAAGAUUUCACUUUUCCAAAGAGACCACUGUAUUACACUGUGAGUUUAAGUGUACUCUAAAUUCUUCCUCUUCCCCACCUUCAAAUGCAGGUUUGGUAUUAACUCAGGUUGAAUUGUUCUAAGUCUUCCUCAAAAUAUGAACUAUGGAAAAAACAGAACAGUUGAGCUACUCUCUAUCUGUCUGCAUUAAUAAUCCAUUUGUCCUGGUUGCUACCACAAUAAAUAGCAGAUGCCUUGAAUGGGAACAUUCAAUCUGUCUUGCCUUUGACCUAGCAAUGCUAAAUAGUGUUGUGACAGAUUGGAAUCUGUGGUGAACAUGAUGCUUCCUGUGACAUUUUCAGAAUUUUUACAGAAAAGGAGAAUUUGAAGGUGUGUUUACCUAGUCCAUGGAAGAAUGGAGUAGUUGAAAGAGGAAGUACCCUUAAGUGAGCAGAGGUAGGUAAUACUAGCUGGUCCAGCUGGUCAUGUUCUAGGAAUAAUCCUUUUUUGUAGGAGUUUCAGGCUGCUGAAAUGUCUGCCAAUGGGUUAUGGUUUCUCUGAACAUGAGGGUACUGAAACCAAGCCAUUUAAUGGAAGUUUUAACAAAGUCAAUGCUGGGUAAACACGAGUUAAAGGGAGGGACAGGGAAGGGAAAUACGGUGGCAAGAUGAAAGACAAUUCAACAAUUCAGAAGUUAUGGUCUCUUAUGCUGUGUCUGGUUUAGAAGGAAUUAAAAAAAAUGCUUCAAGCUGAUCAAAAUAACUCUGUGCUGUUUUUCUGUCUCUGCAUAUAUCUAUUUGUGGAGGCAGACAGAAAGCAACAGUGUUUUGGAGGAUCUCUGUUAUCAGGCUUUCUGCUGAAUGACCUAAAAAGUAAUGAUCUUGAUCUCUUGCGUAUCAUGCAUGUGAAACAGCAUUCUGAUAUAGUUUAGUUCUUUUAUUGGCACUUGAGUAGAUCUCUAUUAAAAUGCAGUAUGACAGUGGGUUUGGACAUGGUAGGUCUUGAAUUAAAUGCCAAAUUAUUUUGCAUCUAGAAAGCAUUUAAAAGCCUACAGAGUCAGAGUUUUAAAAUCUGACUUUCAGAUGUGCCAUAACUUUUGCGCCUGAAUUUUAAUUUAUCACUAAAUGCAUCUUUGGUUGGAUUGGUAUAAUCUUGUUAUGUGGGGGCUGCUGCUUGUGUGUCUGUGCCGCAUAUGCUACAGUUUGGCUCUAGAUUAAUGGUCAUCAUGAUAAUGCAACUUGUAUAGAGAAUAGAUACAUUCCAACACUGCUUUCUUGUGACUUGUUUCACAUAAAUGUAGAUAUUUGCUGGUGAGAAUAGGUGACUGUCUCAGAAAUUAAGUGUUGCUUUUCAUAGUGGGGAGGGUAGGGGGAGAAAGCAAUACUCUUAAUUGCUGAUUGAGCUGUGUUUUCUUUUUUCUUGAAUAUGCAAAGACAUCAUAAUGCUUUAUCUUUUUGGCUAGCAAGCUUGUCAUCCCUAUUUUAAAAAAGCACCCAUAUGUCAAUUCUGCUGAUGCUGUAUUCAAUGCAGUGUUUAAGAUGGCCCAUUUCACGGUGUGUCAAUGUUAAGUUGUCCUGUUUACAAUAGAUGAGAGAAUAUAAUGUUAAACUGAUGGGGAGAGAGAUACUUCAAAAUAACUUGCUAGCAAUUUUAUCCUUAGAUGGGAAAUCAAAUGCAAGAGUGAAGAAUAAUUAAAAAUGUGAUGUAUGUAUCCUGUUAAAAGCAUACUCUGCUUACAUGUAGAUCAAGUGCAGAAGGUCUAACAAUGCUUGAACUAUGAAUGGAGACCUUUGGCUUGGCUGCUUUGAGGCACCACUUAGUAAAGCUAUACUAGCAAAACAGGCAGUAUGUUCACAGACUGGUAGAAGUAUGAGAAGGUAUUCACGCAGUUCGACUCUGCUGUACUGUUUCUUUGCUCUUAAUUGCUUAAGCUUUCAUGGCACUGAAGCACUUGUUUUUUCAGUGUAUGCAAUAAUAUUGAUACUUUUGUAUUUGAAGGACAGUGAUGACUGUAAGCCAAAUGGAAUAAUUGUGCUCUUCUGGCAUCCUCAUUCCAGAAAGUGGCUAGUAGUUUCACAGCAGAGCACUGCUGAUGAUAGUGAGUUUUUCUUCUUUUCUUGUUCUUGGAGCAGUGUGCAAGUGGGUGAUUCAGGAUGCUUAGACUAAACUUAGUUCAGUUAAGAACUUGGUCUUUUGGUUCAGAUCAUCUGGGGGAAUAAAACAUACAACUUUGGGGGUUUCAAAUACUUGAAUCAUAAAUUGCCUCCUGAUUCUACAACUCGUAUUUGCAACAGAUAAAACUGAAAAUAAUAUUUGUUAUUGAUGAAAUAUUCUGCUUGUAUAAAACCCAGUGGACUUGUACUUAAAAUGAAUUGGCGACUCUCAACAUUAGCAGUUUUCUGUGGAAAUGUUUUGAUUAGACUUUUUAGUCCUGUGAAUAUACAGACUGAAUUGCCCUUGCAGGUUGUAUACCCAGAUUAUAAAAUUGAAAUGAGAAGCUCUUAGAGAUGUGUUUCUGAAUAGUCUCAUAUGGCAGCAGGUCUUCUCUCAUGACUUUAUAAGAUUUCACCAAAGCUCUGUGUUUUGUGAGCUUGUAGAUUUACAAUUGCCUAAAUGUUUUACCAUCAAACCUCAUUUUGGAAUGUUUUUUCAAACUAUACGUGCUACUUCUUUCUUUUUGUUAUUAAAAAAAAAAAUCAAAAAUGGGACUUUAA